AUGAGUUGGUUGCUUUGCUUCGUGAUCGUAAUUUUAGUUUUUGAAUUAAACGCGCCCGUUCGAACGUCAAACACACAAAAAAAAAAUUAGAUAUAGAGACAACAUUAUUAAAGAAACGUGCGAAAUUAUGCAAAAUUACAGAUAUUUGUGUACAAAAGCACUCCCAACAAAAAAUAUCUAACGUAUAAUGCAAACUUUAAGAUACAUUUAUAAAUGCUAAUAAAUAGUUAAGCAAACUCUGUUGCUUGAACAAUGAUAAAGAUGUGAAGCCAGAAAAAUGAAAUAAAAUCAAACAGAGUUAAAUUUAACAUUACACAAGGAAGCCGCCAUCGCCGGACCAACUUGCCCCCAAUUUGAAUUUAUCAUCGAAUACAAACAAUUAAUAUACUUAAAAGCAAACAAAACCACACAUACACAUCCACACCCACACAUAUACAUACACAUAAACGAUGAAUGCCAGUGAGGAUUGGAAUCAGCUUGAGCUGACACCGGAAGAUAAUUCAAAUCUAAAUCUUAAGGAUGGCAUAAAUGAAACACUCAGUAUUCGAACACACCCAACUCUGGCGGAGUAUUAUUCAAAUAUGAAUGCGUUUCUCACAUUGGCCAUCUUUGUGGGAACACUUUUGACCAUCCUGAACAUUUCCAUAUACUCGACAACAGUAUCGCGAAUGCGUCGUCAUCUGAAUAAACCAUUGCGUACACCAUCCAUUGGAAUGGUCAGCCUCUACCCAAUCAUAUCGUUGGCUGCAUUGGUUACCAUCUUAAUACCAUAUUCAUGGUUCAUGUGCCACACAGUGAUGCAUGUUAUGUUUAUGGUCGGUGGUCCCAUAUUUCGAAUACUACUCUUUCGCUAUGUGGGCUCAGAGCAAAACUAUGCCAAAGAGAAUGCGGGCGAGGCUGUGCAGAUAAAUACGCCGCCGUGUUGCUGCUGUUGCCUUUGUUUACCCAUGAUAGUGCCGACCAAAGCGAAGCUGUGCAUCUCCAGAUACAUGGUGUGGCAAAUGCCCUUCUGGCAGGGUUCCAUUAUGCUUGUGAUGAAUAUACUCUACUAUCGCGAUCGACAGUUGUACCACCAGGUGAUGCUGUUCUUUAUACCCUUCAUUGUGGCGUCCAUUGUGAUGGGUGUCUGGUCACUGCAAGUCACCGUGCGUAUGAUCACCAAAUUGCGCGGCGAUUAUCAGUUGAGAAAGAAAAUGUUCUGCCUGCAAUUGGUUGUGAUGCUCUGUAAGUUGCAGUAUUUGAUUUUGUAUGACCAACUCGAUAGCAUCCAAAUGGGCGGAGAGUAUCCCAUUAAUCACACAGUGUAUAAGCAAACUGUCAUCAAUAUACUAAUACUUGUGGAAAUGGUAUUGGUUUCCAUGAUGGCACAGAGCGCUUAUCGUGUGCCGAUUCAAGUUCAAAUCGAUGAAAUACAAAAGGAUCAUCAAGUCACACGCAUAUGAUAUUGAAAUUUGUUUUUCUAUACAUGUUAUUAGCAGAAAAAUUGUGAUAAUUGCACUAAUAAAACUAAAAAUUC